AUGUCGUCCGUGAACUUGAAGAUCAAACCAAUUCAAGCACCAGGUGGCGAAACAGCUGAGUUUCUCCUCAGCAUUGACACAGCAGCCACAGUGGAAGAGCUUAAAGAGAAGGUCGCACAAAAAGUGAACAUCCCUGCGAAGAAUAUUCGUUUGGUAUGUGCUGGUCGGAUUUGGCAGGAUGCCCACACCAUAGGCUCCUACGAGCCGCAAGAUGGGGUGGUCGUGCAUUGCCUAAACAACCCACAGAGGGAUGCACCUGCAACCGAUCAAACUCUUGCGCCAGCAAACCCGAUGUCACAGAUGAUGGGGGCUCCACCCCCAACUUCGGGUGAUCCAUUUUCCCAGAUGAUGGCGCAGACCCAACAGCAGAUGAUGAAUAAUCCAGAGAUGAUGCAACAGCUCAUGAAUUCGCCAAUGGUCCAGCAGAUGAUGAGUAAUCCAGAGAUGUUGAGAGCGAUGGUCCGUAUGAAUCCGCAGCUCAACGAGCUUAUGGAACAGCGGCCCGAGAUUGCGAGGAUGCUAGAAGAUCCUGAGCUGCUCCAGCAAUCCUUGAGGAUGGUAGCUAACCCUUCUCUCAUGAGAGAGAUGACCAGAAAUGCUGAUAGAGCCCUUGGCCAGUUGGAUGCCAUGCCUGGAGGGCACAAUGCCCUCGUGCGAGCUCAUGAGGAGUUUGCAGAUCCACUUUUUGAGGCCAUGGCUGGUGGCAGUUCCAAUCCCAGCACUACCGUGGUGGACUAUUCCCAAGACACGUCCUCAGCACCAAACAGUGAAGCCCUACCCAAUCCAUGGGGUCCACCCCCAAGCGCGAACGAGCCAACCAAUCCUUUUCCUGCCUUCCCAGGACAAGGCCCCAAUCUUGGCCGGGAAAUGCCGCCCUUGACGCAGCCUUUGGCCCCCACUCCCAGCCCCAGCACCUCCAGCCCAGGCAUCGGUGCGGGAGGUGUACCCAUGACGAAUCCUAUGGGAAUGAUGGGUGCGAACCCAUUCCUUGGCGCGUUGGGAGGAAUGGGAGGAAUGGGAGGAAUGGGCGGAAUGGGCGGAAUGGGCGGAAUGGGCGGAAUGGGUGGCAUGGGUGGCAUGGGUGGGAUGGGUGGCAUGGGUGGUGCGGGUACUUCGCCUCCUACCCUGGGCUCCUUCCCACUACAUCCGAAUCCAUCCGGCUAUGGAAACAUGCCUGGCUUUGGGAUGCCGAACAUGACAGCGAUGAUGAACGCCAUGAAUGCAGCGAUGGGCGGUGGAGGCCUUGCUGGUCAAGCUCCAGCGGCCACACCAAGCCCAGAUUUGCAGAGAGUGAGAUUUGCAUCACAAUUGGCGCAGCUUUCAGCCAUGGGCUUCAACAAUGAGGCUGCCUGUCUUAGAGCUUUGGCGCAGCAUGAGGGCCGGGUAGAUGCAGCAAUUGACUCCUUGCUUUCAGGGGAUGGGGGUGACGACAACCCCUAA